CCCUCUAUCUCCUCUCUCUUGAACUAAACAUGCUCUGUUGGGAAUUGUGUUUAGCCCUACUGAUCACCGGCUUCCCAGUGUGGGCUCUGCCUUCAACUAACAUCAAGAUCACGCAAGCACUGCCCCUGCAACUGUCAGACUCAAUGCAGCCUGUGACAUGUCCGCUCUUCUGGACUGAAUUUGAGGGUUUCUGUUACCGCUUCUUCCCCUUGAACCGCACAUGGGCUGAGGCAGAUCUGUACUGUGCCGAGUUCUCAAACGGACACAAAUCUGCCAAACUCACCUCCAUCCACAGCCGUGUACCAGGAAUUCCAACAGAUAUCUGGAUCGGCCUUCAUGAUAGAAGACAGGAGGGCACUUUGGAGUGGACAGAUGGGUCACUCUAUGAAUACAGUUACUGGGAUGGAAAUCAACCAGAUGAUGGCAUCCAUCGCAUCCCUGAGGAGGAGGACUGUGUGGAGAUCUGGUACAGACAAAACAGUGCACUGAGGUCUUGGAACGACAACAAUUGUGAUAAGGCCUUUCCAUUCGUCUGUAAGAUUCCUACACUGGAAAACUAACCACAGAUCCAAGAUUGUUUAUCCAAUUCUUUAUCAUCAACACUGACACCCAACAUCACUCAAUCACAGUGCAGCAACCAGAUGUCCACUCAUCUCCAUCCCUGCAGUGAUGAAGGGCUCUCUCCAGCCUGCUAUAGGCACUUCAUGUGCAUUUCUCUCCCCUUUACUCCAAUUCCCUGCCCCCAUCAUCCUCCCAUCACUGUUGUUAUAGUGCUGUUUUCUUGGUCCUUUGGGGCCAUGAAUCAUGACAUACAUUUCUCUGUUCCACAAAUUUGGAAAUGAACCCUUAAGGUGCUGUUGAUAAUAUUGGACAUUGAUGUUGGUGAUAUUGUUGCGAAUUAGUUAGUUGUAGCCAGAGACCUGCACUGGUGUCCACAUGCACACACAUUCUUGCAUAUGUGGUUUACG